GUCAGCUCCAUCUCCACCCAAGCCAAAUCAAACCUGAGACAGGAGCCGAAACUCACAGUCCUCAAGGCCUGUAGCCAGGUGAUGGAGGACGAGGAGAAGGCAGUGGAGAGCUUGGUGAGCAACACGGAAGCUGCUCAUUCUCCAUCCCCCAUCCGCUGCUGCUGGCUCCGCCUCCGCUGCUUGGCAGCUACUAGCAUUAUCUGUGGCUGCUCUUGCCUGGGAGUUAUGGCUCUUGUGUUUGCUAUCAAGGCAGAAGAGCGGCAUAAGGCAGGCCGGUUGGAGGAGGCAGUGUACUGGGGGGCCCGGGCUCGGAGGCUCAUCCUGGCCAGCUUUGCUGUCUGGCUUGCUGUCCUUGUUCUGGGUCCCCUGCUGCUGUGGCUGCUGUCCUACACCAUCGCUCAGGCUGAGUGACCUUGGGUGGCCUUUACUGAGAAUCAGCUGAGAUCUCCUGGAUCCAAUCCGACAGUGCGGCAUUGCUCAGUUCUGGUGACAGCAGUGUUUGUUCCUGGCCAGAAAGAUGGUGCCGCUCUCGUGGGCCUUGGAAAGAGCUCGUCUAGUCCUUUACAAAAGGAAGGCAGCAGCUGAGACCUGUGAGGGGAGGCCAGCCUACUUUUAUUUCAAUGUCCUCCAGCUUCUGUCUCUUGUGCCCCACUCCAUCCUAGGGGCCUCCAUCCAGAGGAGUGG